CGGCCGGAGCUUGCGCGGCGCCGGGAGCCGGGGCCGGAGCCCGAGCCGGGCCGGGCCGGGCCGGGGGCGCCAUGGCGGCGGCCGAGACGAAGAUCAUCUACCACCUGGACGAGCAGGAGACGCCCUACCUGGUGAAGCUGCCGAUCCCGGCCGAGCGCGUCACGCUGGGCGACUUCAAGGGGCUGCUGAACCGGCCCAACUACAAGUUCUACUUCAAGUCCAUGGACGACGAUUUCGGGGUUGUGAAGGAAGAGAUCUCAGACGAUAAUGCCAAGCUUCCCUGUUUCAAUGGCCGGGUGGUGUCCUGGCUCGUGUCUGCGGAGGGGUCGCAUUCAGAUGCUGGGUCAGUCUGUGCCGACAACCAGCCAGAGCUGCCACCUUCUAUGGAGCGCACUGGAGGCAUUGGAGACUCCAGGCCCCCCUCCUUCCACCCCAACACCGGAGGGAGUAGGGAGAACCUGGAUAAUGACACAGAGACAGACUCUGUGGUGUCAUCUCAGCGGGAGCGGCCGCGUCGGAAAGAUGGAACUGAGCAUGCACCCCGGGUGAAUGGGACGGCAAAGGGAGAGCGGCGCCGAGACCUAGGAGGAUACGAGAGCUCCUCCACACUCAUGAGCAGCGAGCUGGAGACCACCAGCUUCUUUGACUCAGACGAGGAUGACUCCACCAGCAGGUUUAGCAGCUCCACAGAGCAGAGCAGCGCCUCUCGCCUGAUGAGGAGGCACAAGCGACGCCGACGGAAACAGAAGACUCCGCGCAUCGAGCGGUCGUCAUCCUUCAGCAGCAUCACGGACUCCACUAUGUCUCUGAACAUCAUCACGGUCACGCUGAACAUGGAGAAGUACAACUUCCUGGGCAUCUCCAUCGUGGGGCAGAGCAACGAGCGCGGGGACGGUGGCAUCUACAUUGGCUCGAUCAUGAAGGGGGGUGCUGUGGCAGCGGAUGGCCGGAUCGAGCCUGGAGACAUGCUUUUACAGGUGAACGACAUCAACUUUGAGAACAUGAGCAAUGACGAUGCUGUACGGGUGCUGAGGGAAAUCGUACACAAGCCAGGACCAAUCACCCUGACGGUUGCCAAGUGCUGGGACCCCAGCCCCCGGGGCUGCUUCUCCUUACCCAGAAUUGCUCCCCAGCGGAUCUGGGCUGGGCCAGACUCUCCAUGCUCCGAUCCGGGUGAGCCCAUCCGACCCAUCGACCCUGCGGCCUGGGUUUCCCACACGGCGGCGAUGACCGGAACCUACCCAGCGUACGGUAUGAGCCCAUCCAUGAGCACAAUCACUUCCACCAGCUCCUCCAUCACCAGCUCCAUCCCAGAGACCGAACGCCUCGAUGACUUUCACCUGUCCAUCCACAGCGACAUGGCCACCAUUGUCAAAGCCAUGGCCUCACCUGAGUCCGGCCUGGAGGUGCGUGACCGCAUGUGGCUGAAAAUCACCAUCCCAAACGCCUUCAUCGGUUCAGAUGUGGUAGACUGGCUCUAUCACCACGUGGAAGGCUUCACUGACCGGCGAGAGUCCCGCAAGUAUGCCAGCAAUCUGCUGAAGGCCGGCUACAUCCGCCACACCGUCAACAAGAUCACCUUCUCAGAGCAGUGCUACUACAUCUUCGGGGACCUCUGUGGCAACAUGGCUAACCUCUCCCUGCAUGACCAUGAUGGAUCCAGUGGAGCCUCCGACCAGGACACAUUGGCUCCUCUCCCUCACCCAGGAGCUGCACCGUGGCCCAUGGCUUUCCCAUACCAAUAUCCACCGCCUCAUCCGUACAACCCACACCCAGGAUUCCCUGACCCAGGCUACAGCUAUGGAGGGGGCAGUGCAGGCAGCCAACACAGUGAAGGAAGCCGAAGCAGCGGAUCGAACCGCAGUGGCAGUGAGAGGAGGAAGGAGAGAGACCCAAAGACCGGCGAGUCCAAGUCAGGUGGCAGUGGCAGCGAGUCGGAUCACACUACUCGGAGUAGCAUGAGGCGGGAGCGGGCAGCCAGCGAGCGCUCGGUGCCUGCCAGCCAGCACAGCCAGCGCAGCCAGCACUCCCUGGCUCACAGCCUCCGCAGUCACCACAGCCAGCAGUCAUAUGGGCCACCAGGCCUGCCUCCCCUCUACAGCCCGCCUAUGCUGCUGAUGCCUCCGCCGCCUUCAGCCAUGGGGCCCCCGGGCGCCCCUCCGGGCCGUGACCUGGCCUCUGUGCCCCCAGAACUGACGGCCAGUAGACAGUCGUUCCGAAUGGCCAUGGGCAACCCUAGUGAGUUCUUUGUGGAUGUAAUGUGAAGCGCCCGUCCCCCUGUCUGUCUGCCGCCCCGUCGGUUUGUCUCCUAGGACCAGCCCCAGCUUCACUCUUUGUUUUUAUUUUGUCUUGAUAACGGAAAAAAAAAAGGGAAAAAAUAAACUGAACUAAACCUUGACUCUAAUCCCUGCUCGUGUGGAGGGAGGGGGCCCCGAGGCCCCGCCAGCCCGGCUGCCUCCGGACUGCGUGUGCAGGGGCAAGUUGCUGCUGCUUGCACGAGCCCUUAACUCCCUUCCCUUGUCCCUUCUAACCCCAUUAAUCCGCAUCCAGCCUGGUGCCUGUGCUGCCCGCCCGUGUGCCACUGCUGCCUCACUCCUUCCUGCCCUAAACGUCUCCUCUUUCUCUUUUCACCCUCUUGUGUCUCUUCUGUCAAGCAGCAAAGAAUUACGGGGUGUUUGACUUCCUCUGAGCUCACCGCCCGCAGGGGCGAGAGCCGGAGCGUGGCACGGCGCGACACCUUGGCCCAACAGAGGAGGACACGGAUCCCUGCGGGCGCUGGGUACGCACGGCGCUGAAGAUGGCUCCUUUCCCUCUAGUGGAAGAUGCCCCAUCCCCUCCACAGCCCUGAGAGGGGAGCAGGACCCAGUUUCCAGCCUUUUGUGUGUUCAGUUCAAUAAACACAGUCACCUCGCAGCCAGUGGCAUGAAUGUUCCAGGGCUUCAGUGCCUGGGGGAGUGGAGAAGGUGAGGCCCUGGCUGGGAGGGUGCCCCUUCCUGCUACUCCCCCACUUCCCAGGCCCACAGGUGCUCAGGCUUGGGCCUGUUAAUGCUGUGUGCAGAUAGUAAGCCCUAGGCUCGAAGGUAGCCUGCUGACAGCUACAAUCCUGGCUGUGUGCUGUCAGGUCCCUAUCUCCCACAUCUCCAGGUGCCUAAAAUUACUGAACUAUCUGCCUCCUGGUACUCCGGGCUUUGCCCCGGCCCCCCUGGCCUGGACGCUGUGGAUCUGGCUGAGUGCGAAGCUGUGGCCUCUAUUUGCCCACGUUUGCUCUGGGAGUGGUACUAAGCUCUAGCUAGGAAUGUGCCUCUGGAGUCUCCGCAGCCCCUUGUGCUCUCCUACCCCUGCACGAUCACAUACUCAUGGAGGAUGUUUGAUCCAAGAUGGCCCUAAUGGAGCUGGGGGUUUCAGAUGUGGUCUUAACACUGCUGCACAGCACCUAUAUCAGGAUGCCCAGCUGGGUGCCAGGGUGCAGGAGCUGUUAGGUCAGAUCAGAGCCAGAACUGGUUGGGGCGGGGGGCCAGGCUGCAGGAGCCCUGUUAAUUCCAAGUUGCAUAGGAAGCCAAAUAGUAAGUUCCCAGUGUCUGCUGUCCACAAAGGCUCUGGGGCUUAGAGGACGAGCAGUGCUGCUUUCCUGCCAUCGCCAUGCUCCCCAUGUAUGUGAGUGUUGGGGGUUUGGACCAGGUCCCGUGGAGGCUGGGGCACAUCUGGCUUAAGGCCUGGGCAGCAGGUCUGCUAUCGGAGUCUGCUUCUCAGGAGACACGGUUCCCUUCUGAAACUUGACCACAGUAGCUUGACCACAGUCUAGGCAUGAAUGUACACCCUGGGCCUAUCUCUGGAGCACUGCAGCAGCCUCUGUUACUGCGCUUUGCUUUGCUCCAACACCUACAUUCCCAUUUUUCUUCUGAAACCUCAGAGCUCUGCUCCUGCCUGGUACUAGAGAGGCGAGGAGGUGUGCCGUGGGCAGCCUACCCGGUGCACUGGACUGUAUGUGGUACAGAUGCUCAACCCCACUGCAGCCAAUGCUGGGCUGUCACAGUCUUGCUCCCUUCUGCUGCCACACAGCAGCUUCCCUUGUAGCAGCGUGAGCUCCUUUGGAUUCUCUUGGACUUGCGGUUUUUAUUAUUCUCAGCAGAUGAAAUGUACCUUGCUCCUGGCACCAGCUCAUCUACCACCCACCAUGCUCCAAGCUCCUGCAUCCUUGCAUCAGCUCCACUGUUGCCUGUCACAAUGCCCUUUCUAUUGGUCUAGCCCCAAACGUGCCCCCAGCUCACCUACUGCUCAGCAUCCUUCUUACCCCCCGCAGGUGCCAGCUUGUCAAAUGCUCCAUGUGCCAUCUGCCUAGCCCCCUCCAUAUUUGGCACCAACUAUUUACAGUCCCUCCCCUGACCCUGUUUGCUCUCUUGCCUUCCACGCUGCCACCCACCAUCCUUCUCCCGGCUCAUACUGCCAGCCCCCAUCCUACCUUGCCUCACCAGCUCAUUACCCUGCCCAGUCUCCCAUCCCGUUUCCUCCCCUGCCAUCCUGCCUGCUGUGUUUUAUAGAAACAACACCAAUCUCCUUGUUUUUAUUUAUAAACAUAGUUUUAUUGGA